AGUUUACCCGGUGUUAGCGAGGUUUUACCAACGAAUACAACUGCUGAUCGCGAAAGUGUCUCGACUAAGAAGCUUCUAAACAGUUCUUUUGAGAAAUUCGAAAGCAGCCGAGGAAUUUUGACUCGUGAACAAGCAAGAAAAGUUGGUUUAGGAUCGGCACGUGAUGUUGAAAUUGCAACCGGAUUUAAAAUACAAGAUGCCACUCUCUUGAGCGAUUGCAUUUCGGCCGCAGCAGUAUGUAGUUCCUGUCGUAAAGCAACAUCAAAACUUAAACUUUAUCAACGAAACAGCGAUAGAGAAGGUUUGUCAGAAUCAUUAUUCCUGCAAUGUUCGUUUUGUGAGGUGGUGACUCCAUUACCAACAAGCAAUCGACUAGGUGGCAAAGGUGGUGGGUCUCAUGAAGUCAACCGUCGAGCAGCUUUGGCUUCCCAUCAAUUUGGCCAUGCUGGAUUGACACAGUUCUGUGCUGGUAUGAACUUACCUCCCCCAGUUGGUAAAGAUUCAUACAAUAAGCAUCUAAUUAAAUUGAGAAGGCUGCCAAAACCAGUGCCGAAGAAGUAA